AUGACGCUGACCAGUACGACGGUCACGAGUACCUUAACGGAGACAUCCGCAACAUCGACGAGCACUCUGUCGACCACCGGGACGAACACCGUGGUGACCAGUACAUCAGGUACCUCGUCAGAGACCAGCAGCGUGACGCUCACAAGCAUCACGGCGACUACCAAGUCGAAGACCAGUACAGUGUCGUUGGUGAGCAGCUCGGCAACCAGCAGUAGGACCAGAACCAGCAGCACCACGGGUACGACCACCAGAAGCAGCACAGCGACACAGGUAAGCAGCUCGCGGACGAGUGGCACGACUGCCAGCAGCAGCGAGACGACAGGAAGCUUCAGCACAACGGCUACCACCUCGCAGAGCAGCACGGUGACGCUGGUGAGCGUCUCGGAGACAAGUAGCUGGACGGGUACGAGCAGCACCACAGCUACUUCGUCGGGGACUACCACCGCGACGCUGAUGAGCAGCUCGGCAACCAGCAGUGUGACACGGACGAGUAGCACCACAGGCACUUCCACGGAGAGCAGCACCGCUACGCUGUUGAGCAGCUCGGGGACCACGUCGCACGACGGAGAGCAGCAGUGUAACGACGGGAAGCUUCAGCACCACGGCUACCUCCUCGGGGACCAGCACCAGUUCUGCAACCACACGGACGAGCACGGCAUCCACAGGCACGAUGACGCUGACCAGUACGACGGUCACGAGUACCUUAACGGAGACAUCCGCAACAUCGACGAGCACUCUGUCGACCACCGGGACGAACACCGUGGUGACCAGUACAUCAGGUACCUCGUCAGAGACCAGCAGCGUGACGCUCACAAGCAUCACGGCGACUACCAAGUCGAAGACCAGUACAGUGUCGUUGGUGAGCAGCUCGGCAACCAGCAGUAG